UUUAAAAUUCAAUAUUUGAUUCGCAAGUUGCAAAUUCCACAGAGAAACAAAACCCAUUCUAAAACCCUAAAAACAAAACCUCUUCUUUUCGUCUUCAAAAACCCCAAAUUAUUUUUCCAAUGGGUCGCCGAAAGAGUAACAAUACCAGCUCCAGUAACAACCAGGACUCGCCUUUCUCUAACGACAUGGAACUUCAUCAGCCCACCAAGAUUCGCUUCCCUGACGAGGACGACGUAGCUCUUGACGCCGCCGCCGAGACCUCUAACCACGACGAAUCCAUGUGCGACGUUGAUACCUCCGUUUCCGUCUGCGAUAAGCCUGCUGAAGAUCCUCAAUGCCAGCCCAACGUAUCCAUACCCGACUCUGAUGAAAAGACUAGCGCUGAUUAUUAUUUUGAUUCCUACUCUCAUUUCGGUAUUCAUGAAGAAAUGUUGAAGGAUGUUGUGAGAACUAAGACAUACCAGAAUGUCAUUUAUCAAAACAAGUUUCUCUUCAAGGACAAGAUUGUUCUUGAUGUGGGUGCUGGGACUGGAAUUUUGUCCCUGUUUUGUGCGAAAGCCGGAGCCAAGCAUGUUUAUGCGGUUGAGUGCUCACAUAUGGCUAACACCGCCAAAGAAAUUGUUGAAGCUAAUGGAUAUUCAAAUGUUGUAACUGUUUUGAAGGGAAAGAUUGAAGAACUUGAGCUGCCAGUACCUAAAGUUGAUAUUAUUAUCUCAGAAUGGAUGGGAUACUUUCUGUUGUUCGAGAAUAUGUUGAACACGGUCUUGUAUGCUCGUGAUAAAUGGCUCGUCGAUGAUGGGCUUGUUUUGCCAGACAAAGCCUCUCUGUAUUUGACUGCCAUUGAGGAUGCAGAGUACAAAGAAGACAAGAUCGAAUUUUGGAACAAUGUCUAUGGCUUUGACAUGAGCUGCAUUAAGCGGCAAGCAAUGACGGAGCCUCUUGUCGACACAGUUGACCAAAAUCAAAUUGUUACAAACUGCCAGCUGCUCAAGACUAUGGAUAUUUCAAAGAUGGGACCUGGAGAUGCUUCCUUUACAGCUCCCUUUAAGCUUGUUGCUGAGCGUGACGAUUACAUUCAUGCUCUAGUAGCCUACUUUGAUGUAUCAUUUACCAAGUGUCACAAAUUGCAAGGCUUCUCAACAGGGCCGAGAUCACGGGCAACACAUUGGAAGCAAACUGUUCUGUAUCUGGAAGAUGUGCUUACAGUCUGUGAAGGAGAGACAGUCACCGGAAACAUGACCGUAUCUCAAAACAAAAAGAAUCCUCGAGACGUUGAUAUAACACUUAAAUAUUCAAUUAACGGCCGGCGCAGUGUAGUUUCGAGGGUUCAAAAUUACAAGAUGCGUUGAGUUUGAAUGCUAGUUUUCGUUAGCAGUCUAUCGAAGAAAAUAGCAACAAAGGAAUGUUCUGAAAUUGUUGCCUUGUUGCUUAAAAGCUGCCAAUAUAUGAAUGCAAGUGAGGCAGCGUGAUUAGUUUCCUAAUAUAAGUGUAGUUUUUCUGUAAUUUUUUAUUGCUUAGAAUUGAGCACCAUGAAAAUUUUGGAAUUGUUUUAUUUAAUUAACUUGCCCCCUAUAAUUCUUGCUGAUAA